GCCUCGCCAGCGAGGCAGGGGGAAGUCUUUAUAGUAGGCUCGUGUACUUGGUUGCUACUUCUUCCAGGAUAUCCUCCCACCGCUGUGCAGAUUUAGUUAGAUUUCCCGCAGCCUCCAGGAGAGCCAUCUGUUGUGUUAUUUUUUAUUUUUUUUUAUAGUAACAGAAACUCAGUAUAUAGUAAAUAUAUAUUUAUGUAGAUGUUUAAUUCGUCUUUUAGGAACUAUUAGGUACUCUUUUUUUCGCAAGGGUAGUAAUGUUGUGUUCGCGUAUUUGCUUUUUUUCUUUUAAUGCACGACGGUGGUGAAGAAGUUUUGAUCUAAAGUAGAUACGAUAAGCACGCGCGACCCCCCGGUCCCCGGUUUCACAGCCUGACGUCUCCUCGCGGAUGAACCGCAUCGCUACGUUGCAGCAGAUUUUUUUGUACGGCAGAGAUACGGAGCCGCUGCGCCUGGCGGAAUACCGAGCGGCUGGAUUGUAAAGUAACUGUUCUUCAUGCUCUGUUUUGGGUUUUUAUAUGACGAAUCGCAGUCAGCAGUGUCGGCGGGUCUGAUCUCAGUUCAGUCGGACCGCUGUCGGAGAGGAAUUAUGGUCCAAAACUGAAGAAAGUCCAGAGACAGAAUGACUUACUGCGACUCCGGCGAGCCCUCACUUUCUUGGUGUAUAAAAUCUUAAUGUUUCACAUUUUUGACGUACAAAUAUGAUGAAAUGGCAGCCCCGGAAGAAGGCAUACUUCCGACAGGGUGUUGCCCUUCAGUACUUGGGCCGCCAUGCAGAUGCGUUGGCUGCCUUUGCCUCCGGCCUGGCUCAGGAUCCCAAGAGUCUGCAGUUGCUGACUGGCAUUGUGGAGGCUGCCAUGAAGUCUCCUCUGCGAGAGUCAGUGGAGCCCACAUACCAGCAGCUGCAGAAGAUGAAGCUGGACAAGAGCCCGUUUGUGGUGGUGUCUGUGAUUGGGCAGGAGCUGCUUUCAGCGGGGCACCAUGCUGCCUCUGUGGUGGUCCUGGAGGCUGCACUGAAGAUCGGCACCUGCAGCCUGAAGCUCCGUGGCUCUGUGUUCUCGGCUCUCAGCAGUGCCCACUGGCUGAUGGGAAACACAGAGAAAAGCACAGGCUACAUGCAGCAGGACCUGGAAGUUGUCAAGACUUUAGGUGACCAGUCUGGAGAAUGCCGUGCCCAUGGGAACCUGGGGUCGGCAUUCUUCUCCAAAGGAAACUAUCGUGAAGCCUUGUCUAAUCACCGCAACCAGCUAAUGCUAGCCAUGAGGCUGAAAGACCGAGAGGCUGCAUCCCUGGCCCUCUGCAGCUUGGGACAUGUCUACACUUCUAUAGGGGACUAUCCCAACGCACUAGCCAGCCACAAGCAGUGUGUGCUGCUGGCCAAACAGUCCAAGGACCAGCUCUCAGAGGCACGGGAGCUGGGAAACAUGGGUGCCGUCUACAUCGCCAUGGGGGACUUUGACAAUGCCGUCCAGUGUCACGAGCAGCACCUGAGCAUCGCCAAAGCUCUGGAAAACAAGCGGGAAGAGGCGAGGGCAUACAGCAACCUGGGCAGUGCCUACCACUACCACCGGAAUUUCGACAAGGCCAUGUCCUACCACACUCAUGUUCUAGAACUAGCUCAGGAGCUGGAUGAGAAGCCCAUUGAGAUGAGGGCCUACGCUGGACUGGGCCACGCUGCUCGGUGCAUGCAGGACUUAGAGCGGGCCAAACAGUACCACGAGCAGCAGCUGACAAUCGCAGAGCUACUGAAGGACCGAGCUGCUGAAGGAAGAGCGUCAUCCAAUCUGGGUAUCAUCUUCCAAAUGAAAGGUGACUUUGAAACAGCACUGAAGCUUCAUAAAACCCACCUCACCAUUGCACAGGAGCUUAAUGACUACGGUGCCCAAGGUCGGGCGUACGGCAACAUGGGCAAUGCCUACAAUGCCCUGGGAAUUUUUGACCAGGCUGUCCGCUACCACCGUCAGGAGCUCCAGAUCUCCAUGGAGGUCAAUGACCGAGCCUCGCAGGCCUCUACACAUGGAAAUUUAGCUGUUGCAUACCAGGCCCUGGGGGCUCAUGACCGCGCCCUGCAGCACUACCAGAACCACCUGAACAUCUCCCGUGAGCUGCGGGACAUCCAGAGCGAAGCUCGGGCACUGGGCAACCUGGGUAACUUCCACUGUUCCAGAGGUGAGUUUGCCCAGUCCGUGCCCUACUACGAACAGUACCUUCAGCUCUCGCCAGACCUGCAGGACCUGGAGAGCGAGGGGAAAGUCUGCCACAAUCUAGGAUAUGCGCACUACUGCCUCGGGAACUAUCAGGAUGCUGUGAAAUACUACGAGCAGGAUUUGGCCCUAGCCAAAGAUCUUCAUGACAGGUUGAGCCAGGCCAAAGCUUACUGCAAUCUGGGACUAGCGUUCAAGGCCUUGGGGGACUUCACCAAGGCAGAAGAGUGCCAGAAGUACCUGCUGUCUCUGGCACAGUCACUCGAAAACUCCCAGGCUCGAUUCCGCGCACUUGGUAACUUAGGGGAUAUCUUCAUCUGCAAGAAGGAUGUGCCCGGUGCACUGCAGUUCUUUAAACAACAGCUGGCUCUAGCCAACCAGGUGAAAGACAGAAAAAUGGAAGCCUGUGCUCAUGCUGCCCUUGGUGCUGCUUACCGGUUAAUGCAGAACUACGAGGAAGCGUUAUCACACCAUGCCAAAGAGCUCGAGGUGUGCCAGGAGCAGACUGAUGCACCUGGGGAAAGCAAGGCCCAUGGGCAUCUGGCUGCUGUCUACAUGGCACUGGGACAAUAUGCUGCCGCCUUCAAAUGCUACGAGGCACAGCUGGAACUCAGCAGGCAAAUGAGGGACCCUGGCAUCGAGGCACAGGUUUAUGGCAACAUGGGCAUCACCAAGAUGAAUGUGGGUGCCAUGGAGGAAGCCAUCGGCUACCUGGAGCAGCAGCUGGCUAUGCUGCAGCAGCUAACCGGAAACGAAGUGGUGCUGGACCGAGGGCGAGCUUUCGGGAACCUGGGCGAUUGUUAUCAUGUGCUAGGAGACUAUGAAGAAGCUGUGAAGUACUAUGAGAGAUACCUGGCUGUGGCGCAGAGCCUGAACCGACUGCAGGAUCAGGAGAAGGCCUACCGUGGGCUUGGGAAUGGCCACAGAGCUAUGGGUAACCUGCAGCAGGCUCUGGUGUGCCUGGAGAAGUGUCUGGUCGCUGCUCAUGAACUCGGCGGGUGUGGAAAUAAGGCAGCAGCCUAUGGUGAACUGGGUGCCCUCCAUAACCAGCUGGGUAACUACGACCAGGCUCUGUCGUGUCUGGAGCGGCAGCUUGCUAUUGCACGCGACACUUCUAACCGUCCCCUGGAAGCGGAUGCCAACUCCGGGCUGGGCGCCGUGUACCAGGCCAUGGGUGAGCUGGAGCGUGCUCUGCAGUGUCACCAGCGUGACCUGGAUAUAGCCGAGGAGAUCCGCAGCCCCCCGCAGCAGGCACGCGCAUACGGAAACCUGGGGCUGACCUACGAGUCUCUAGGCAACUAUGAGCGGGCCAUGGUGUUCCAAGAGCAGCACCUGAGCUUAGCGGCCCAGACCAAUGAUCUGGUAGCAAAGACGCUGGCCUACGGAAGCCUGGGGAGGACACACCACGCACUGCAGAACUUCUCACAGGCUGUGGUGUAUCUGCAGGAAGGAUUGAGGUUGGCAGAGCAGAUUGGUAGGCGUGAGGAUGAAGCUAAAAUCUGCCAUCGUCUGGGCUUGUCUCUCUGGGCUAGUGGCAACCUGGAGGAGGCUCGGCACCAGCUCUACCAUGCAUCUGUGCUGUUUGAAACAUUAAGGCAUGAGGCACAACACAGCUCUGACUACAAGCUUUCCCUGUUUGACCUGCAAACGUCUUCAUAUCAAGCUCUGCAGAGGGUUCUCGUCAGCCUGGGUCAUCAUGAUGAAGCUUUAGCGGUAGCAGAGCAAGGUCGGACACGUGCGUUUGCAGAUCUGCUGGUGGAGAGGCAGACCGGGCAGCAUGAAACAGAUCCGUACAGCCCUGCCACAGUGGAGCACAUCCUGGACUCAGUCAACAAGCAGAGAGCCCUGGUGCUCUACUUCUCUAUGGCUGCUGGCUAUCUCUACAGCUGGCUGCUAGCACCUGGUGCAGGUAUUGUGAAAUUCCAUGAGGUGUAUCUGGGUGAGGGCGUGUCAGAAGGAGAUCCAGACUUCCAGGAGGGACGAGGAGGAGCAGGAGGAGAAGGUGGAGGAGCUGGGGGUAUAGGAGCUGGAGUCACUUCGCUGGAGCAGUAUAUCUGCAGUGCUCGAGAGGCUCUGGGAGUGGAAUCGUUCUACAGCAGAGGAUGCUCUGGAAGUGAAACUGCGAGUGAAGCUGGAGAUCUGUUAGACCAGCAGUUUGAAGAGCUUAAUAACAAAAUGAACUCUGGCUUUCUGCGUAUGGUGUCCAGAAACAACAUAUUUAACAGGAGUUGCCAGAGUAUGACCAGCCUUUUCAGUAACCCGAUGACUCCAGUCAAAGAUGGUCGUUCCACACCCCAUUGCCCCGGCGGUGCUCUGAACAAGCCUCCACUGCGUGCCCUCUACGACCUCCUCAUUGCUCCAAUGGAAGGGGGUCUGAUGCACUCUAGUGGUCCGGUUGGCAGGCACAGGCAGCUUGUGUUGGUUCUGGAAGGGGAGUUAUAUCUCAUUCCCUUUGCUUUGCUGAAAGGCAGCUCAUCCAAUGAAUAUCUGUACGAACGCUUCAGUCUGCUGGCUGUACCCUCUCUGCGCAGCCUCGCAUCUAACACCAAGAUCAACCUCCGUCGUGCCGGCCCACCCCCCUGCAGUGCGCUAGGCAUGGCAGCUGUUGUAGGAAACCCGUGCCUCACCCCUGCUGCUAUGGACCGCUGGUUGUGGGGCCCAAUGCCCUCUGCUGAAGAGGAGGCCUGCAUGGUUUCUGACCUGCUGGGCUGCCAGCCUUUGACGGGUCCGGCCGCCACCAAGGAGCGUGUGAUGAGCGCGCUCAGCCAGGCAGAGUGCGCACACUUCGCCACUCAUGUCUCCUGGAGACUGGCAGCUCUGGUGCUGGCACCCACCCACCAGGAGGGAAGCAGGGUGGAUGGAGGGAGAGGAGGAGUGGCAGGGGGAGGAAGGAGGGCUUCGUAUGGAGGUGGAUACACAGUACCUGAGGAUGAGAGUGAUGUGGAGAGCGCAUGCGACGCGCCUCCCCUGCAGGAGCUGCUGCUGACCGCAGCAGAUAUUCUGGAUCUGAGGCUGCCUGUCAAGCUAGUGGUGCUGGGUUCGUAUCAGGAGUCCAGCAGUAAGGUGACGGCUGAUGGUGUUGUGGGACUGACCCGAGCGUUCCUAGCCGCUGGUGCACAGUGUGUGCUGGUGUCUCUGUGGCCAGUUCCUGUAGCUGCGUCCAAAGUCUUCGUCCAUGCCUUCUACUCUGCGCUGCUCAACGGAGCUAAAGCCAGUGUAGCUCUUACAGAAGCCAUGAAGAGCGUUCAGAGCAACCAGCAGUACUCACAUCCUUCUAACUGGGCAGGCUUUAUGCUGAUUGGCAGCGAUGUGAAACUGAACAGCCCCUCGUCGUUGAUUGGCCAGGCCCUCUCAGAAAUUCUGCAGUAUCCUGACAAGGCCAGAGAUGCCCUCAGAGUGCUGCUGCAUCUGGUGGAGAAGUCUCUGCAGCGUAUACAGAACGGUCAGCGUAACUCCAUGUACACGUCUCAGCAGAGCGUGGAGAAUAAAGUAGGGGGGGUCCCUGGAUGGCAGGCUCUGUUGACCACAGUGGGCUUUAGGCUGGACCAGGCCGGUGCUGGCCUUCCCCCUGCUGUGUUCUUCCCCACAGCCGACCCAGGAGACCGGCUCCAGCAGUGCAGCGCCACCCUGCAGUCUCUACUGGGUCUUCCUCAUCCAGCUCUACAGGCACUGUGUAAAGUUGUUAGUGCCUCUGAGGCAGGAGAGCAGCUCAUUAAUAAGGCUGUAAAGAAUAUUGUUGGAAUGCUUCAUCAAGUCCUUGUCCAACUGCAGACGGGGGAGAAGGAGCAGGAUUUUUCCUUGUUACCCAUUCAGGUUUCUAUAAGUGUCCAACUGUGGCGAUUACCAGGCUGCCAUGAGUUCCUUGCUGCACUUGGGUUUGAUCUGUGUGAGGUGGGGCAGGAAGAGGUUGUUCUGAAGACGGCUAAGCAGGCCAGCCGUCGCACCAUGCACUUUGCCCUCCAGUCUUUGAUGGCCCUUUUUGACUCAACAGAACUUCCGAAACGUCUCAGCUUGGACAGCUCAUCUUCUCUGGAGUCACUCGCCUCAGCUCAGUCUGUAUCCAAUCCACUGCCUCUCAGCUAUCCCAACCUGCCCUUCUCUCCACACUGCCCAGACAGCAUGGCAUUGGAUGCCAUAUCUGUGUAUAGCUUGAGCUCUGUUGCUUCUUCCAUGAGCUUUGUUUCCAAAUCUGAGAACGAUUUUCUGAGCCAAAGACGUGGUGGUAGUUUGACUUCCUCGCUUUCUGCUCCCAAGCACCCGCUCAGUGUUUCUCGCAGCCGAUCCUCACCACAUGGCUCAAUGAUGACCUACAACACGGGGGGGCAAGGAGAUGAAGAGGAAUACGAGGGAUUCUCCAUCAUUAGCAGUGAGCCCAUGGCCAGCCAUUGUGACUCGCUGCCUCUGCCACGAGGCCACAAUCAGAGACACCGCCUCGGUCACGGAGGAAGGAAUGGGAUUGGCGUCCCCAUCUCGAGUUCAAACACUGGACAAGCGUACAAAGUGUCCAUCUCUUCGAAAGGAAGUGUCAGCACUCCCACCUCUCCACUCAAGGCAAACUUGGUUCCAAGUCCGAACUCUCCUUUCCAGAAGGUUGGGAAAGUAAUUAGCUCAGAUCCGGGUGAAUCAGACCAAUCAAGCACUGAAACUGACAGCACUGUCAAAUCCCAGGAAGAGAAGCCAGCCUCUGCCACUCUGGAUCCUCAGGAACUCGCUAAAAAGAUUCUGGAAGAGACUCAGAGCCACUUCAAGGCCAUGGGUACUCUACAGAGAGGAGUGGCAGAGGGCAUGGCCACUCCCAUCUCUGCCUCAACCCCAACCAGAUGCUCAGCUUUUCGCUCCUCAGAGACUAGCGCAUUCAGCCGACCGGGCAGCAGCGCCAGCAUCCGAGAUCCUUCGAACCGCCCCAAACUCUCCUCCCGUUCUCCUUCCCUGCAGAAGAUCAGCUCUGGCUACAGCAGUCCUGCCACAUCAGAUACUUCUGUGAAAGAUGGUGGGCACUCCUCACCCACACUUGACAACCUUUCUCAGUUCAAGCUCAAGUACCCCAGCUCCCUUUUCAGCGGUCAUAUGUCUUGUUCUCCAAGAAACGUGUCCCCCAGCUCAGGCCACCAGUCUCCUGCUGACAGCGCACCUUCCCCAGCCCUUUCUUAUUCCUCAACGGGCUCUACCGGCUCAGGUCCAACAGAUGCUGCAGAGCUUGACCGCUUGAGAAGGGUUGCUAUCACAGAAAAAGUUCAGGCUAUGCAUAACCUCAAGACUUUCUGGUGUAAUGCUGCAGGCAAGCAGCAGCAUCAACAACACACCGGACCACUCAAAGCACUUAGAGGACCAGUGAUGUCAACAAAGACGGAUAAUGUGCUCGGACUUCUCAACCUGUCCCCACGACGCUGCUCACCUGGAGAUGGCCAAGAUGCGCUUGAACUGUUGAAAAUGGGUCACCAAUCUCUGGAACGAACCUCAAGUCAUGGACAUGAUGGUUCUAGUGGGCAGAGGGGUGCACCUUCACCCUCCAUCUCCACCAGAAGCAGCCCAGGUGGUCGACCUAUACACCUACCCACUGGAAAUGGUUACCAGAUGUUCCUUUCUUCUGGUAGAUUCUUUCCUUCAUCCAAGUGUUAAAUCUGUCGAGUGUCUAUCUUCAGAAGUCAACACCUCAUGGAACUUCUGUAACUUUCUGUAACUUUUCUUGUUUGCCCUUUGUAAGUUUGAAUAAAAUGUCUUGUCUACCAAGCAGACCUGUGACCUGUCUGGGGACAACAAAUUCCUGGUGCUUCUGCCCUCAGCCACCACUGUGUAUUUGAGACAGAAGACCUUAUACUGUGCAUAAAUGUCAGGAACAUUUUGUGUUUUGUGAGGGCCAAACAUGACAGUACAGACUGGUUUGUUCAGUUUUUUUUUUUUUUUUUUUUUUUUUUUACAUAUUAUUAUUAUUAUUAUUAUUAUUAUUAUUAUUAUUAUUAUUAUUAUUAUUAUUGGCUGUUGUUAUUGAUGCUAUAAUUAUGUUUUGUAAUUUAAAUGAAGUGUCAAUCAGUAUUACACAUUUUAUAUUGUUAAAGAUCAAACCUUGUGGAAAUGUAUAAGAAUUGGAAAUGUAUUUCAUAUUUUUAUUGAAAUUUCAAAGCAGAUGUCUGGCCUCAUCUCUUCGUUAAGUGAAUGUCUCAUUUAAAGCAUGAAUCCUCUUGCUAUUGAUUGUUAAGUACCAUGUGUGACUUUUUAGCUCACUCUUUUUGAAAAACAGACUACACACAUUUCAGUUUAAAGACUUCUCUCUAUGUCCCUUACAGGAGGGGUUUAAAUAAAAAAAAGAUCUUCCUC